AUGCAGUGGAGUGGGAACCCAAAAAAACCUUAUGGAGGCUUUCAAUCUAAAGCUGAUCCUUAUAAAGUAUCGGAACGUUAUUCCGGAAUACCAGAGGAAGUGUUUCAACAAAUACGUCAAGUUGACCAACAAACAUCAACAUUAACUUCUCAAGGGAUUAUUGGAUUUUCUGCUAGAAUAUUAGAUAAAUCUGAAUAUCGAUUAAAACAAGGAAGUAAUGAAAUAAUAAUAGUACAACUUGUUGAAAUCAUAAAAAAACCUGGGCAAACUUUAGGUUUAUAUUUACGUGAAGGUAAUGGAAUGGAUAGAUCAACAGGUGUUUUUGCAUCAAGAUUCGGUGAAAAUUCAGAAUUAGAAAAGUACGGUGAUAUAAUUAGAUCUGGUGAUGAAAUAUUAUCUGUUAAUAAUGUAGAUGUAUCACAAAUGAGUAUUGAUGAUGUUGUUUUAAUAUUAUCAAUACCACGUCGAUUAUUAUUAAGGAUACGUUAUUUAAAAAAUAGGCGUCAAGAAAUAUCAAAUAAAGAACAUCGUGAACAACCUGUUGUUGUUUUUCAAAAACUAGAAGAUCAAAAAGACUCAGGAUUAGCAUCCCAAACUUUAUUAAAUAAACCAACGUCAACCGCAAGUACAUGGCUUGGUAAACAAGCACGUCAAGUUAAAAGACAAGUAGAACAACAUAACACCCAAAAAGUUGACAUAAAUCAACCUUUACUUUCAUCACAGAAUGUAAAUCAACAAAAUUUUAGAACUUUAGAAAGAAAUGAUAAUCAUCUGUUGGGUAAUAAUGAGAAACAAGAAAUAAGAUUACCAUAUCCUUCCUCAUCAUUAACAAAUAAUGAAAUAAAAACAGUAUCUCCAAAUGUAACUUUUUAUCCUUUUAAUGAAAAGCCUUCUGAUUAUCAGCAAAAUUUAACGAGUAAAAUGAAAACUUCUUUAAUUGAUCCAAUGGCUAGUGUUGUUGAAAGUGCUCGGGUUCUACCUCCAAAACUUACAAAACAGAAUACAAUUGGUAAAAAUUUUUUUCAAGAUUCAAACAAUUUAUCUGACGUUAAAGGGAUAUUAAAUUCAAAUGUUACUAAUAGUGGAGUAGUAAACCAACCAUCAUUAUCAAAUUUAGAGACAAUGACAUUAGGAAGAAAAGACAUUAUCGGAAAUAGAAUGAUACCAAACACCAAUAAUUGUUUAAAGAAUUAUUCACAAAAUAUUGAGGAUACUAGUAGAAAUAUUAUAACAUCAGGUACUUCAUCAUCUAUUAAUCCAUUAGCAUCUUCAUCAAUAGGAAUAAGUAAAGGAAAUAUAUCAAAUGUAAUGGGGAAUUAUGGUGAAAAUGACUUAAAAGGAAUUAAUUAUAAAAGUAAUUCUUUACCAAGACGUCGUUUUCAAUUGUCACUUGAAAAAGGUGAUUACCAACCAUCAAUAAAUGAUAAUUUUGAUAAUGGAAACAUUACUAUGAGAAAUGUAAAAUGGAGAAAUGAUGUAGUUGGUGGAUUAUCUUUUGAAAGCAAAUUACCUCAAUUUGAAGAUAGGAGAGCUAAAAGUAUUGAUAUUUGUAAAAGUGAUAAUACUACUUUUGGAUAUGAUAUGAGAAAUAAAAUGCAAAAUUUUUCCUAUCUAACACCAGAAUCUGAUAAAAUGUACGGGUUAUCAAUAAAUAAAAAACUUGGUUCUUCAUUUACUAGUGGAAAAACAAUAAAUGAUAUAUUUUCUGCUAAAGAAUAUAGAAAUUGGGCUGGUGGUUCAUUAAUUGAUGGUCCAACAUAUAAAUCAAAUAUAUAUAAUCAAGAUAUUCAAUAUAUGAAUAAAAAUAUUGGAUAUAAUUUAUCUGGAUAUUCUAAAGUUGGUUCACAUAAUUCUCGUUGGUCAAUUGAUGAUGAUAGAAGACUUGGUUCUGUUUUUAGAUCAAAUUCUUUACCAGCAAAAUCAUUUUUAUUAAAUCUUAAUGGUGAUAAUUUAUCAUCACAAUUAAAUUUUUGUAAUAGAAAUGUAUCAUCAAAACAACCAUAUAUAUCAUCUCAAGUAAAUAUAUUUGAUAAUAAUACAAUAAAUAGGCAAAUAAAUGGUACAAAUAUAUUAGAUAGAUUACAUAUAUCUCCAAUUAUGAAUAGACGUGUACCAUUAAAACCUGCUGGACCUGGAAUUGAUAUAGAUUGUUCACCUACACAAAAAUCACUUAAUGGGAUGUUGCAAAUAUACAUCAUAGAAGGUAGAAAUCUUAAAGUGCCUGAUCAAUUACAAACAAAACAAAUGUAUGUUGUUUUAGAAAUAAAUAAUAUUCAUAGAGCAAGAACUGGAAUAAGUACUUAUGAACAAAAUUAUAGAUGGAAAGAAGGAUUUGAAAUUGAUAUAUAUAAUGCUCAUACAGUUAAUUUUUUUGUCUAUUCAUGGCAUCCACAAAUGAGACAUAAAUUAUGUUAUAAAGGAAAUAUUAAAUUAGUAGAUGCAUUAUUAAAUGGUCAAUUAAAUGGUGAAAGAUUAAUACAAUUAAAUUUAGAACCAUCAAAUCAAUUAAUGAUAAAAAUAAAUUAUAUAAAUAUAAAUAAUGUUUUUAGGAGGAUACCAAGUUUAAAUAAUAAUAGUUCAUUUGGUGUAUCAUUAAAACAACUUGUAACAAAACAUAAUUCAAAAACACCAAUUAUAUUAGGAAGAUUAAUACAAGAAAUUGAAACAAGAGGUGUUUCAACACCAGGAUUAUAUAUAUUAUGUGGAUCAAUUGAUAAAAAACGUAUUCUUCGUCAUGAAAUGGAAAGAUGUUUAGCAAAUCAAGUAUAUUGUGAUAUUGGUAUUGGAAAUGUUGCUGAUGUUAAUGUAUUAACAUGUUUAAUAAAAGAUUUUUUAAGAGAAUUACCAGAACCAUUGGUAUCAUCAAAUGUUUAUCAAAUGUUAAUGGAAGCAGAAACUGUUAUAUUACCAAGUGAUAAUGAAGGAAAUCAACAUUUAGUUUUAAAAAUUAUUGAUUGCCUUCCUAUGGCACAUAAAAAUACAUUAAUAUUAGUAUUGGAUCAUAUAAAAAAUGUUAUAAGUAGUAGUUAUCAAAUUAAUGUAACACAAAAUCAUAUUAUUGAAAUAUUUGGACCAUUAAUAUUUUGUACAUCAACACCUACUUCACUUGGAACAAUAGAUAUUCCACAAGCAUACUCUGCUUUUAAAUUACUACUUGAUAUAUGGCCAGGAGUUAGUACUUUAAAAUAUUUAAAUACAACCAACUCUUAUACACCUUAUAGUGUUAUGCCAACUUCUGAUCCUGUUUCGGAAUCGCAGUGUUAA